CUUCCACAAGUAUUUAUAUGUAUCAUCUUUGCAAAGUACUUCAAAUUUGCGAGAAAAUAACAAGCAAAUUAACGUCACUCCUCUCCAUACUCUUCAACUUACCUUUCCAAUUUGCUAUAGAGAUUGAUAAAACUGUCCCAGCUAUGGCUUCCACGGACUCUGAGUCUCCGUUCUCUUCUUCGUCUUCAUCCUCUGGACAUAGAUGGAACUAUGAUGUUUUCCUAAGUUUUAGAGGAGAAGAUACGCGCAAAAAUUUUACAGAUCAUCUCUAUACCGCCUUAGGGAACGCCGGAAUUCAUACUUUUAGGGAUGAUAAUGAACUUCCCAGAGGAGAAGAAAUCUCUCCACAGCUUCUCAAGGCAAUUGAAGGAUCAAGGAUUUCUAUAGUGGUCUUCUCCAAACACUACGCUUCCUCUAGAUGGUGUCUUGACGAACUGGUAAAGAUUAUUGAGUGCAGGCAAAAGAUUGGCCAGGUUGUUCUUCCUAUAUUCUAUGAUACGGAGCCUUCAGAUGUCCGAAAACAGACCGGGAGUUAUGCAAAAGCUUUUGAUGAACAUGAAGAACGCUUCAAGGAAGAAAUGGAGAAGGUCAACAAGUGGAGAGGAGCUCUUGCACAGGCUGGAAAUCUAUCUGGAUUUGGUUUAAACAAUGAGGCAAAUGGAUAUGAAGCGGAAUUCAUCAAAAGGAUUGUCAGUGAUGUAGCUUGUAAACUGGGAAACAAAACCUUGCACGUAGCCAAGCACCCAGUAGGUAUUUAUUCCAGAGUUCAGUGUAUUAUUUCUUUGCUAAAAGGUGCAAAACCUGAUGUUGGCAUCGUGGGAAUACAUGGGAUAGCUGGAAUAGGCAAGACAACAAUAGCAAAAGCUGUGUUUAACAAACUUUAUUUUGGAUUUGAGGGAAGCAGUUUUCUUUCGGACGUCAAGGAAAUAUCAGAUAAGCCGAAUGGUCUGGUUGAAUUACAAGAGCGCCUUCUUCAUGAUAUUCUGAAACCAAGAGUUUGGAAGGUCAGUAAUGUUUAUGAAGGCAUGAAUUUGAUCAAAGAACGACUUCAUCGUAAGAAAAUUCUUGUUGUUUUUGACGAUGUGGACAAAAGGGAACAACUGGAGGCAUUGAUGGGAGAGAGAUGUUGGUUUGGUGCCGGAAGUAUAAUAAUUGUUGUAACUAAGAAUAAGCAUCUUCUAACAGAAGUGGGGGUAGAUGGAAUGUAUCAUGCUAAAGAAUUGGAUCGAGAUCAGUCUCUUGAGCUUUUCAGUUUGCAUGCUUUUAGGGAAACCCAUCCAGCAAAGGAUUACGAGGAGCUUUCAGAAAAGGUAGUUGACUACUGCAAAGGACUUCCUUUGGCUCUACAAAUUUUGGGUUCUCAUUUAUCCAUAAGAGACAAAGCUGGAUGGGAAAUCGAUAUUGCCCAUUGGCGAAAUAUUCCGCAUGAUGAUAUUCAAGGAAAGCUUAGAGUAAGUUUUGAUGCACUGAAUGUGGAUACAAGCGAGAUAUUCCUUGAUAUUGCGUGCUAUUUUGUUGGUGGAGACAAAGAAUAUGUAGCAGAUAUAGUAGGUGCUCGUUACGAUUGCCAUCCAGAAGUAGCUUUCAGAACUCUCAUUGGAAGGUCUCUCAUAACAAUCGACACUUGGAAUAGCUUAUGGAUGCAUGAUACAUUACGAAAGAUGGGAAGGGAGAUUAUUCGUCAAAGGUCGCGUAAUCAUCCUGGAAAUUGCAGCAGAAUUGUACUUCCCAAAGACGCAUACAAUGUACUCUCCAAGGAACUGGGAACAGAUGCUGUGGAGGGUCUGGCACUAGAUGUGCAAGAAUCUUAUAGCACAAAAUCGUUUACAAAAAUGAGACGUUUAAAAUUACUCCAAAUCAAUAGAGCAAAUCUUGUGGGAAGCUACAGUCUUCUCCCCAAAGAGUUGAUAUGGCUUUGUUGGUCUGGAUGCCCUUUGAAAUCUUUGCCGUCUGAUUUUCACUUAAACGACCUUGUUAUACUUGAUAUGCAAGAAAGUAACGUACGAAAACUUUGGAAGGGGACUAAGAUUCUUAACAAGCUGAAAAUCCUCAAUCUCAGCUUUUCCAAGUACCUUGCUAAAACGCCGAACUUCCGAGGACUCUCUAGUUUGGAGAGACUAAUACUUACAAAAUGCCCGAGUUUGGUUGAGGUACAUCAAUCUAUUGGAAAUUUGAAGAGCCUUGUUUUGUUGAGCUUGGAUUACUGUCGCAGCCUAAAGACUCUUCCAGAAAGCAUGGGUAACUUAAAAUCUCUUCAAACUCUGAACGUUACUCAGUGCAUACAACUUGAGAAAUUGCCAGAUAGUUUGGGUGACAUAGAAUCCUUAACAUAGUUGUUUACAAACGGUACUGCGAU